AGGAGGAGGAGGAGGUGAUGCUGCUGCGGUACAUCCGUGCGUAAAUGUGACCGUCCUCCGUCCUCCGUCCUCCGUCCUCCGUCCCUCCUUUCCCCGGAUCUCGGCUCCCUCCAGCGGGCUCCUCUCUGCUCCGGGACCUGCAGCCCCACCGGGACCGUGGAGUCCCGGGUGUCUCGGCUCGGCGCCCUCCUCCAGGGCUUGGGGGGAGCGCCGGGGACGUCGUCCAGGUUCCUGCCGGGCUUCGUGUCCACGGCGGCGGACGGCCACGGCUCGGAGCGCCGGGAGAGACGCGGCUCGACGCGGUCCCGCAUGCCGGUGAUGAGGGGUCUGAUCGCCCCGCAGAACACCUUCCUGGACACCAUCGCCACCCGGUUCGACGGGACCCACAGUAACUUCGUCCUGGGCAACGCUCAGGUCCAGUCCCUCUAUCCCAUCGUCUACUGCUCCGAUGGCUUCUGCGAACUGACCGGCUUCGCCCGCGGCGAGCUCAUGCAGAAGAGCUGCAUGUGUCACUUCCUGUACGGCAGCGAGACCAGCGACCGCCUCACGACACAGAUGCAAAAAGCUCUGGAUGAGCGCCGCGAGUUCAAGACUGAGAUCAUCCUGUACAAGAAGAGUGGCUCCAAGUUCUGGUGUCUGCUCGACAUUGUUCCCAUCAAGAAUGAGAAGAGCGAGGUGGUUCUGUUCCUGGUGUCCCACAAGGACAUCACAGAAAAUAAGGACCUGGACCACGGCAAUGAAUCUGACAUUGAUGAGGAAACCGGUUUGGAGAUCCACCAGAUCAGCCGCCCUCCAGGCCUCAACAUGGAGCGCCGUCGCAGCAGGGCCGUCCUCUACCAGCUGUCUGGACACCUGCAGAAACAGGACAAGACCAAGAGCAAGCUGAAGAUCAACAACAGCGUUCUUGGAGCCAAUGCCAACCCGGUCCCAGAGUACAAGGUGGCUGACAUCCAGAAGUCCCGCUUCAUCCUCCUCCACUACGGUGCGUUCAAGGCCGGCUGGGAUUGGCUGAUCUUGUUGGCCACCUUCUACGUCGCCAUCACCGUUCCCUACAACGUCUGCUUCACCGCCGUGGAAGUGCGAGAGGACGGCGGCUCGGCGGCUCGAAACCCUCCGAGCGUCAGCGACAUCCUGGUGGAGAUACUUUUCAUCAUCGAUAUCGUGUUGAACUUCCGAACCACCUACGUGAGCACGUCGGGUCAGGUGGUGUACGACGCCCGCUCCAUAUGCAUCCACUACGUCACAUCAUGGCUGUUCGUGGACCUGAUCGCCGCCUUGCCCUUUGACCUGCUCUACGCCUUCAACAUCAGCGUGAACUUCGGCGUCCACCUGCUGAAGACGGUGCGCCUCCUCCGCCUCCUCCGCCUCCUGCAGAAGCUGGACCGCUACUCCCAGUACAGCGCCGUGGUCCUCACGCUGCUCAUGUCCACCUUCGCCCUGCUGGCCCACUGGAUGGCCUGCGUCUGGUACUUCAUAGGACGCAGCGAGAUCGAAAGCAGCAGCCCCGCCUCAUGGGAUAUAGGCUGGCUCCAUGAACUGGCCAAGCGCCUGGGAACGCCAUACUUCCUGGCACCGCUGACCUCCCUGCUGGGCGUCUCCGAUUCGCCUCAGGGCUCCGUGACGGCCGGACUGACCAACUACAGCCAGUGGAAUGGCUCCAGCGGGGCGGGCUUGCUGGGUUCUGGCCAAUGGAACGGCAGCAGGCCGAGAGCGAGGACGCCGACCGGCUCGGGGACGACGCUGAGCGGCGGACCGUCCGUCAGGAGCUCCUACGUGACGUCGCUGUACUUUGCGCUGAGCAGCUUGACCAGCGUCGGCUUCGGCAACGUCUCGGCCAACACGGACUCUGAGAAGAUCUUCUCCAUCUGCACCAUGCUGAUUGGAGCGCUAAUGCACGCCGUGGUGUUUGGAAACGUGACCGCCAUCAUCCAGAGGAUGUACUCGCGCCGAUCCCUCUACCACACCCGCACCAAGGACCUGAAGGACUUCAUCCGAGUGCACCGGCUGCCCAAAGCUCUGGAGCAGCGCAUGAUGGAGUGUUUCCAGACCACCUGGUCCGUCAACAACGGGAUCGAUGUCAGCGAGCUUCUGAAGGACUUCCCGGACGAGCUGAGGGCCGACAUCGCCAUGCACCUGAACAAGGAGCUGCUGCAGCUGCCGCUCUUCGAGUCGGCCAGCAGGGGGUGUCUGCGCUCGCUGUCCCUCAUCAUCAAGACCUCGUUCUGCGCUCCGGGGGAGUUCCUGAUCCGCCAGGGCGACGCUCUGCAGGCCAUCUACUUCGUGUGCUCGGGCUCCAUGGAGGUGCUGAAGGACAACACUGUGCUGGCCAUUCUGGGUCGGGGGGACCUGAUUGGCUCAGACUGUCUGACUCAGGAGGAGGUGAUAAAGACCAACGCCUGUGUGAAGGCCCUGACCUACUGCGACCUCCAGUACAUCAGCCUCAAAGGGCUCCGCGAGGUGCUCUGCCUCUAUCCGGACUACGCCCAGAAGUUCAUCACCGAGAUCCAGCACGACCUGACGUACAACCUCCGAGAAGGUCACAACACCGAGGCGGACUGUGAGAGUAACGGGGGGAUCAUAAAGAAGCUUCCCUCCAUUAAAGAGGAUGAGGAGGGCUCGGUGUCCGAGGGGGAACGCUCCCCUCUCCCCAGGAUGUCCUCCCUCGGCAGGCUGGGCCGAGGCCUUCGCUCCCCCCUCCGAUCCCCCCUUCGGUCCCCGCUGCUCCCACCGAGGCCCUUCCGCCCGGCCAGCGACCUCGGACGGCCCUCCAGCCUGCAGAUCCCUGUGGUGAGCUUCAGCUGCCUGCAGCCGGACCUCAGCCCUCGCUUUGUGGACGGGAUCGAAGCAGAACAUCAUGGCGGUUCAGUUCCGAGGUUCGAUUUCUCUCCCAGUGCGACUCAGAGUUUCCUGUCGAGUCCCGACUCUGCCUCAGGGGUCCAUGAUGAAGGCGACACCAUGCAGACUAUUGCGAAACUAAAACACGAGAUGUGCGUCCUCUCCCGGCAGGUCACAGCUGUCAGUCAGGAGCUCCAGGAAAUGACACGUCUCCUCAAGCCCCUUCUCCAUACCUCGCCCUCUCUGCUGCUGCUGCCCGUGACUCCGCCCCCCAGCGUGUCAUCGCAUGGCUGCUCUCCAGCCCCGCCCCUUCUUACCCAACAUGCACCUGUGGGCCCUCCGUCUGUCCUUCCCCUUGAGCCGGCACUGGAUUUCGAUCCGCUUCGUUGCCCCGGGUCUCCUCACUCAGCGCCUCCUUCCCUCCAUGGCUCCCCCCACGAUCAUCCUCCCCCCUACUCCUCCUCCUCCAUCACCUCCCUGUCCUCCCCCUCCACCCCCCUCCUGGUGGACUUAUCGGAGCCUGACUCCCACCCCCAGUCCCGUCUCCCGUCCCAGUCCGAGUCCCAGCUCCAGGUCCGGCCCGACGCCCAGCUCCCGCCCCGGUCCUGCCCCCAUGCCGCCUCCCAGCCCCUCCCCCAGACCUCCAGCAUGGUUCCGCCCCCCCAGGAGGCUCUGCUGGACCUGCAGGAGGUGGACUGGGGGGAGCAGAGCACCCAGCUCAGCUUCGUGGACGAAGGACGGCCCUCGGUGUAGAGGUCAGCAUGACGUACACCUUACUGCAUGACAAACAUCUGGCCAACAUCUGGCAUGUGAGCUCCGUGUGAAUAUUCUAAACUACUGUCACAAGCACCGUGGAGAAUAUCCCGAAAUAAAAGUUGGUUUUACAGUUUCA